AUGAGUGACAUACGAAAUUUUUUGCAAAAGAAACGCAAGAUAGAAUUAAGUCCAUCAAGUAUAAAUGAAGGCAAUCAUGACAUAGGUAAUUUAAGUAAUUUAAGUACUAAUAGUUCUAAUAGUAGCCAACAAAAAGAAGUGCCACAACUCCAAUCAAGUAUAAAUGAAGGCAAUCAUGACAUUGGUAAUUUAAGUAAUUUAAGUACUAAUAGUUCUAAUAGUAGCCAACAAAAAGAAGUGCCACAACUCCUUCAUCAGUUGACUGUUGGUGCUAAUAAAUUAGAUAUUGGACUGUAUUUGAAUUCCUACGUUGAUGACGAAUUACGUUUAAAGUUAUUGAAGGACCCCUGGGUUCCAUCAAAAACAUAUGACUUCAAAAAAGAUUUGACCAACGGCUCUACGAGAGUAUUUCGUAUAGAAUGGUUUGCACUUUAUCCAUGGCUAAGUUACUCAGCUGUUUCUAAAGGCCCACUAUGUCGCGUUUGUUUUAAUUCAAUUGAAGAAUUUGGAAAAAAACCUAGGCGUUUGCAAUUAUUAUUUAAAAAAUAA